CGCUGUUUUCCAGGGCAACAGCCCACCACAAAGAUGGCGGACAGCAUGUCAGGUUCUGGCAGACCUCAUAUGUAUUUGUUCGGGUGCACCUUAAAGUCGGAUAAGAGGGAGUUCAAAGUUGACAUAGACGACGACGAUGCGGAGCAGCAGCUGUCACUGAAAGCUGUGUGUCUGGGAGCUGAGGCCGAGGACAAGUUCCACAUGGUGGAAGUGGAAGGGCUCACUUACGAUGCAAAAACCACCAAAGUGCCACUCGUUGCCCUGAAACCGUCGGUCCUGCCCUCCAUGAAUUUAGGCGGAUUUGAGAUCACUCCCCCUGUUACCUUUCGUCUUUUGUCUGGAUCUGGACCCGUUCACAUCAGUGGACAGCAUUUUGUCAGUGUGAAGGAGUCCGAUGAUGAAGAAGAGGAGAACAAUACGUCGCCAGUGAAGAGACCUGCAAACCUGUCGUCUGCGAGGAAGCCCCCACUGAAAAAACUGAAGAUGGAUUCUGAUUCCGAUUCCGAUGAUGAUGAUGACGAUGACGAGGAAGAAGACGACAGCGACGAGGAUGACGAUGAUGAUGACAGUGAAGAAGAUGAUGUCAAACUUCAGAAAAUUAUGGGAAAAGUACUCAAAAAAAGCGCGGAGUCUGCCCCUAAAAAACCCAACAAGACGCCCGUGAAACAGAAUAAUCCUGCAGGGAAACCAUCAGGAUCAACAGUCAAACCGCAGACACAAACCCCAGGAAAAGACAAACCCCAGGCGGACGCGUCUAAAUCUCCAACUCUUGGAGAAAUUAAGAGCAAGUUGUCAACAGCAGCGAAAGAGGGGAAACCGCUGCCGAAGACGGAGCAGAAGUUUGAAAACUUUGUGAAGAAUUCUUUUAAAAUCUCAGACAAAACGGUGGUCAAGGACCUCUGGAGGUUUAUGCAAACACUGAAGACCGACAAGAAGUAAAACACGUCUACGGCGAAGCAUUUCUUUGUAUGUGUUCCUGCCAGACAUUUAAAGGCCCCAUCGGUGAGGUUUCCUCUCGGCCUCAUCUAAAGACUGGUCUAGAGGCGCUGACGUUUCGUGAAGCCAUUAACGCAUGGAUUCAGGUGUCUGCUUUCUUUUUUUCUUGUUUCUUUUCAUAUAGAUGCAAAGCACCAGCGGAGCUGACUCGGUCAUAAUUCAUUCAGUCAUGCACUAUUUAUAGAUUGAAAUGAUAAGCGUUACCCGUUGUUGCUCAGUCGAGGGUAGAAUGACUGCUGGACAUUUCUAUCAUUUGCAGGCAAUUGAUGUCAAAACCUGUGUGUCUUUCUAAAUCAGAACAAAUAUCACAACCCUGAA